AUGGCCCAGCCGACGUUGGCCUCGGUGUUGAACUACAAGCCUGUGAAGGCUAUCUUCAAACCUUCACAACAACGUGGACGAGAUGUCGCUGUCUAUGUACUUCCAGAAGACCCUGAUCUAUGUAUGGAAUUCAGUUUCAAGCGCUUCAACACUUCAGGGACCAUCGCCAGCUAUGUUUGUAUAGCCUGUCGAGCCCUAAAGGACCGUGCGCCAAGGCUUUAUGGCGUUGUGCCAACUAUAAGGAUUCAAGAUGGCUAUUUUUUGAGCGAUCCCGCAUUGCCAGAACAUCCACAUUUCUGUGAACCUCGGAAUUUUCCUCGGUCAAUGAUGAGACGAGAGAUUAUCGCAAAAUUCAACGAAAUUCGAGAAAAUAUGAAUGAAACUGGGACGCCUGAGGAGGUGGAAGAGGACCUUCUUCAGGCCAUCAACAAGCCCGAAUAUGCCCAUUUUGGUGACGAAGAACGUCAGGAGAUGGUAAAAGAGUUAAUCAUGGGACAUAUUGGUGGACGAGAUACCCUGAGAAGUAUGAUUCGUACGAACAAAAAAGCAAAACGACGACGAACUCAGUUCGAGUUUCCCGAAGACGCCCCACCUCCACCACCGUUGAAGAUCUUCAGGAACAUCAAACACGAGGUUCUCGUCCCCGAACACGUCACUGUCCAUCCCGUCUACCAAGCCGCCCAGUCGUCCCCACCGCCUGCACCAUUCCUGCCGUCGCCGUCGUCGUCGGAACCACGAGCCUUGGAGUUUCGCGAUGCUGAUGGACUAGUACCUUGUCUUUGA